AUGAGCUCAAGGUUUGCGUGCCUUAUCCUUGCACUUGCGGUCGCUGCAGUCUCCGGAAUUGCUAUCGAGCGUCGUAAUGUCCUGCCGUUCGAAGUCUACCCCACACUGGCCCCCGACGAUAAACCUAUAGAGGAACGUGGAGGACUACCGUUCAACAUCUACCCAACUCUUGCUCCUGAGGCAAAGCAAGUCGAAGAGCGUAAUGUGCUGCCGUUCAAUAUCUAUCCUACUCUUGCACCUGAAGCCACACGGGUUGAAGAACGCGGAGUCCUACCCUUCAACAUCUAUCCGACCCUGGCUCCGGAGAGUGCAGUGCCCAAGGUUGCUUGCCUGUGUUGA